AUGGGUUCGAAGCCGAGAAUCUCAGCCGCCGCCACGGCCGCCGGGAGGCCGAGGGCAACAACGCCGGGAUCGAACCAAAGCAUCACGGGGAAGCCCCAAAUCAACCGCCGUGGAUCUGCGCACACCGCCCCCGCCGACGGCGCGGUGGUUUCUGACAAAUUGGAGACACUCAGAAACCUCAUCCGUUCACAAGACGCCGGAGAGAAUCCCGACCAGCUGUUUCAGGAAGCCGCCGACUACAUCGUACUUUUGAAAACUCAGGUCAUUGUUCUGCAGAAAUUGGUCGGUUUUUACGGCGCACAACCUCAGGAAAACCGAGAUGGCGGCGCGUAG